AAAAUAAAUUGUUAUCAAUAUUACAUCGAAUUAAUAGCUUUACGGUUUUUAGGAAAUAAUCUUACGUUUCUAGGUGUUUAUUUAAUGUCUCCAUCUGAGAUAAUUGACUUUCCAAAGUUUGAACCUUUUCUUUCUCCCUUUCAAGAGAUGCUCUUAAAAAAUUUACCUCUGUUUUGCAUUCGGUGAAUUCCCUUUGUAAACUGUGAAUUUGAGAAAUAAGUAAGUGAUUUUCUUUAUCUGCAAUACGCUGCCUGUCUAACAAUAUGUCGUAUUCUUUUUGUAAUUUUAUGCGCGUGUUUUCCGCAUCUUCGAUCACAUGACGUUCCAUAAUUAAUCGAGCUUGUUGUUCCUUCAGUUGUUGAUCUAAAAUCGUUACUUUAUUCUCAUCAGUUUUAUUUACCAUUUUGAUUUUAUCAUUGACUUGUGAUUGGAGAAAUUCACAUUGAUUUUUCAACUCCGUAUUUUUAGCCUGAAAUUGAAAUAAAAUAUAACUUAUUUUACGUAGAGAUACAUAUCUACAUAUGUUUAAUAAAGUGAGCUUCAUGGUUACCAGGCAUUCAUUUAAUUUAGCCUGAGAUUCUUCUUGAGCAUCAGUGAUGAUUUUUAAUCUAUUUUGUGCCCACUUUAGUUUCAUUUCUUUAGCAUUGUCACUAUCUCUGUGUCGUUCAAUUUGGUUACGUAGCUGCAUUAUUUCUGAACAUUUACUGUUCAUUUCAGUAGCCAGUUUAGAAAUAUCGUGCUCUGCUCUUUGUAAUUUUUUUUGUAAUCCUGCAUUUUCUUUCAAAGCUUCUUGGUGCUUUUUCUCCACUAACUUUAUUGAUCUGAAAAAAAUAAAGAAUGUAUGAUAUAACUUUUGCUAAGAAUGACUUGUAAACAUAAAAAUGAUGAUUCUCACUUUUGAGCUUCAAGCAAACGUUUUUCUCCAGUAGCAUAAUUCAUAACUGAUCUCUCUUUCUCCAUCUGAGAAAUAGUAUAAUUUUUUGAAAUAUUAUUAUACUUUUCCUUUAAUGUUUGCAAUUCAUCCUUCAGCACUGAGCAUAUUUUACAAAACUUCAUUUCAUUGGAAUAAAUACUUUCCCUACGAAUUUGUUCUGAUUCUUCAAGUUUUUUUAGAAGUUCCUCUUUAAUGUUUUCCAAAAAAUCAUAAUUUUUGAGAAGAUGAAAGUAGCACAAAUAUAAAUUGAAUACAUUAGAGUUAGAUAAAAUAUCGUUUUCAUGGCUCUUAUUCCUAGAAUCUACAGUUAAUCUUAAUUUUUUAUCUUCAGAGGAACUUGAAUACUGCAAGACUUGAUUAGCAUUAGAACAUGAUAAAAGUUGAUAGUUUCUUUCUUUGAACAUUGAAUACAAUGUUUUUAUCAUGAAGAAAAAUUGAUUUUCACAAUCAGAGCUAAUUUCCAAAUCAUUAUUAUGAUGUAAUAUUCUGUGUUGUUGUAAUAUAAACGGAUCUUUCAUAGGUAUACAUAGAUUUUUAAUUGGUUGCAGCAAAAUCAAUCUGUCAUUCUCUUUUAAAUUAUUAAAGUUAAAACGUAAAUUUGUUCCAUACUUCUUUUGUAAAUAUUUUAAAUGCUUCCUUAACAGAGCAUCCCUAUGCGAAGCCUUCAUAUUUUCUGGGUUUGUCUUAAGUACCUGCAAAAACAAAAUUUAAAGUUUUAUUACUGACUUGUAUAAAGAAAUCAGUUUUUGUACAAGUAACCAACGAUAUUAAGUAUAUGCAAUAAUUCACAUACCAAAGCACAAAAACUGCAGCGAUUGAAUAAAAAUGAUGUAUUUACAAAAUAAGUAUUUUUUAUUGAUCUAUAUAUUAUCCUGUAUACUCCUCUGUAUUAUUUUUUGUGCCACGUCGUUCUCGGCGACCAUUAUUGUUAUCAAGAACAAUCUCUGUAACUUAGAGAAAUUUUAAGCGUAUAUACGCAUACUAUACACUUUCGUUGUUUUUAAUGGUUGAAUUUCGUACGGUUAAAAACGAAAAUACUUAAGUAGUAGAUUCACAUACUUCACUUCAUACUGUCAGAACCUCAGAUACGUAAAUCAAUAAAGUGUUUUCAAACACAUUGAUUCAUCAAGGCCGGCACAACACACCCGAACAAGAAACGAAAAACGUUAACAUAUAGAGCGUAUAUCUAUAUAUAUGGGCAGUCUGGACCUGCGCAGAUAUGACCUAACCUUAGCCGAGUAAGUAUUCUGCGUAUUUUCGGCAAACAGGUAUCGGCUGAGGCCCGUUUGUUUUUCCAUGUCAAGAACAAGCGGCACUUCUAGAACUGGAAUUUUUCAUUUGUUUACGUUAAAUUUAAUUCCGCUCGAAGAGUGAACGGACGUCGGUAACGACUUUAUUAGAACCACAUAUAGUGUUUAGUAUAUUAGAGAUUAAUAAUUACACUCAGUCAUCAUGAUUAAAAAUCUUGAGAAAACAUUGAGCGAUUUGGAAAAAAUGGAAUUAGAAACGUCAGAGGGUGUUAUACCGGCACAAAUGUAUUCUCAAAUGCUUGCCAUAUAUUUAUACCAAAAUGAACUAUGUAAUGCCAAGUAUCUGUGGAAAAGAAUCCCAAUGAUUGUAAAAGAGAAUAGCACAGACUUGAAAAACAUAUGGACUGUGGCACAAAAAAUGUGGUUGCGCGAUUGGCCAGCAGUUUAUGCUGCUUUAGAUUGUAGCUGGAACAAAAUUGUAGAAGAAAUCAUGCUUGCGCUGAAAGAACGUAUAAGAGACCGAGCUCUCACUCUCAUCGGCGACGCCUACUCGUUUCUCGACAUCAACACACUCGCUAGUAUGAUCGGCGCAACUCCCGAUGAUUCUCGACAAAUAGCCACCUCGAAGGGCUGGACCAUCACCGGGAACAUGGUAAAGCCAAGUAAGGUUUGCAAGCCACAGACAUCUGCUCACGAGGCGAUAACGGAAGACCAGCUGUAUAAGUUAACGCAGUUUGUAUCUUUCUUAGAAAAUUAGGUAUUGUAAGGUUUUAUGAUAUGAAAUUAUUUAAAUAAAAAAAAAAAACGUUUUCACUAAA